UUUCCUAGUGAGGUGCAAUGUCGGCUGGCAAUAAUUAAUAGGGGCACUUCCGCCCAUUUUUUCUUGUUCCCUGGAAGUUGAACUGACAAUCAUCAGAGGAACCCAAACUUCCAUUGUCUCACGUCGUGCCGAUUCCGUGCUCUCUACUUAGCAAGUUCGGAAAGCGUUCUUGAAUUCCUACCAACCAGCUCAAGAUGGCUCCCAAAGUGAAGGUGGCCCUCGAGAAGGAGGACCAUGCUCGUGAUGCCGAGUUCAUGAAGGCACUCCAUGGCAAGUCGACUGAGGCCGCCCCUGGUUUCGCCGCGAUGCUUGCCAAGGACCGCAAGGCAAAAGAGGUUGCGGUAGACGAGUACUUCAAGCACUUCGACAACAAGAGCGCCGAGACAGAGACGGAUGCCGACAGAGAGGCCCGGACAAAAGAAUACGCGACUUUGACAAGACAUUACUACAACCUCGCGACGGAUUUGUACGAGUAUGGUUGGGGUCAGAGCUUCCACUUCUGCCGGUAUUCAAUCGGCGAGCCGUUCUACCAGGCCAUUGCGCGGCACGAACAUUACCUUGCCAUGAAGAUUGGCAUCCAGGCUGGCAUGAAGGUCCUCGACGUCGGUUGCGGUGUGGGCGGGCCCGCGAGAGAAAUCGCGAAGUUCACCGAUGCGCACAUUACCGGGCUCAACAACAACGACUACCAGAUUGAGCGUGCGACGCGGUAUGCGGCAAAGGAGGGUCUCUCGAACCAGCUCAAGUUCGUGAAGGGCGAUUUCAUGCAAAUGUCCUUCCCCGACAACUCGUUUGACGCUGUUUACGCCAUCGAAGCCACAGUCCACGCACCCAAGCUCGUGGGCGUCUACAGCGAGAUCUUCCGGGUCCUGAAGCCGGGCGGCGUGUUCGGCGUGUACGAGUGGCUGAUGACAGACAAUUACGACAACAAUAACCUGGAGCAUCGUGACAUCCGUCUCGCCAUCGAGGAGGGCAACGGCAUCUCCAACAUGGUGAAGAUCUCGGAGGGUCUCGAGGCCAUGAAGGAGGCUGGCUUCGAGCUGCUCCACCACGAGGAUCUGGCCAAGAGGCCCGAUUCCAUCCCCUGGUACUGGGGCAUUGCUGGCGAGAUGAAGUACAUGCAGUCCUACUGGGACCUGUUCACUGUCCUCCGCAUGACACACGCGGGCCGCUCUGCGGUGCACCAUUUCACUGGCCUCCUCGAGACUAUCGGUCUGGCGCCGAAGGGUACCAAGAAGACAGCCGACUCGCUCGCGAAGGGUGCAGAUGGCCUCGUCGCGGGUGCCAAGAAGGACCUCUUCACCCCGAUGUACCUGAUGGUGGGCCGCAAGCCUGCCAACUGAACGGCUCUGCUGGAAUCUUCCUAGACACGCUACGAUGGGAUGAUAAACAGACUACAGUCUAAUGCGGGGUAGGCGGAUACAAAAGGGUUAUGGCGAUGAUGGCAUUGGAGUAAUAAACGGUACUAAUAUCACUGGUCUCGGUGCACGGUAUUCACGACUGAGGACACCAUCUAGCCCCGAUUUCAUGGAUUUCAUGUAUAUAGCUAGAGUGUAAUAGACUACUCACUAAUAAUUCACGACUGCAGUAACGGGCCUGGUGUUUCGAUGGCAUCUCACCCAUCCAGUGUUGUCAGCGCAAUGGUUCGCAUUGGCGCAUGUCUGCUACGGGGUUGGACUGCUGAUGUAAGACAAGUACAUAUUGUAACUACAAGGGUAUGGGAA